AUUGUUACUGAAUAAUCUUUUUUCCUUUUAAAACCGGCAUACGAACAAAAGGCUUAUAUGCGUAAAAGCUAUUACAGCAUGAACUGAACUUCAUUUGAGUCGGCAAAGGUCAUAACUACUUAAAUAUUUUUUACUCUUCAUAUUGAGAAAACAAUCAAUCGUUUAACCACAUAUCCUCUCGCGGGAUUUGGUAUGUGUGAAAUCUAGCAACAAGCAAAAAUGCAACUGAGCCAGAAAACCUUAAUUUUUAUUUUAAACCAAUUGACAAUUUUCCUCGUCAUCAAUGGGUUGUCCAACAUUUUUGUCGAGGAACAAAAUAUGUCGCUAGAUGUUCCAAGAAUUAAGGAAAUGAUGACCGAUCCGUUGCGAUGCUUCUUAGAAUGCCAACGAAUGGAAAGCUGUUUUUCUGUGAAUCUUGAAAUACAAAAAUCAAGUUCCGGAAAGCAAGUAUGCGAACUCUUGCCUACGGAUGUCACCAGAGAACCAAGACUUGUGCGGAAUGACAGUUUCAACUAUUUCUACCUUCCAAACGUUUGCGCUUCCAUGGCGAGUUCAUGCAAGAAAGUUAACACUGUGAAGCCGCUGACCAACAAGAAUGGAUCGUGUGCAUGCCUGUGCAAAGCUGGUUUCACCGGCCUCGAAUGUGAAUCAGAAAUCGGUGAAUGUGAGAGUAGCCCUUGCCUCAAUGGUGGCACAUGCACGAAUCACGUGAACUACUUUCAUUGUGAAUGUCGCGCAGGGUACGCCGGGAAACAAUGUCAAACAGAUAUUGACGAAUGCGCCUCAUCCCCGUGUUUAAAUGGAAGCACGUGUGAAGAUGGAGUGAAUGGGUACACGUGCAGCUGUGUAGUGGGGUAUUCUGGUCCUCAAUGCGGAUCACACGUCUGUUCGACUGCACCGUGCUUUAAUGGGGGGACUUGUAUCAAGAACACUGGCGCGUCUACCGGGUAUAAUUGCAGCUGCCCAUCAAACUACUUUGGGACGCAAUGUGAAAAAACAUGGAGGAAAGUGUCCGGUAAAGUGUGCGACAAGGCUGGUUGGUUGGGUUGGUUGCUUGUGAAGGCAGAUGAAUGUAAAACCAGGUGCCUUGCAAGGAUGGUCUGCCAUGGGGUAACGGUUUUUGCAGAUGGUUGUCGAUUCUGUAAUGAUUAUAAAAUCCGAAAUCCUAAUUUUUCGGAAUCACUUGGAUUUCCAAACCUUCACAUAAUAACAUAGAUGCCACAUCAAGAGUUUAUCUCAAACGGUGUGGUGCAGGAUGUAUGUUGUAUUUGUUGUAUCUAAAAACGAUAUCAGAUUGCUGGUAUUUUAUGGGGUUCAGUUUUCAAUGCAUACAAGUGGCGGAUCUAGGCAUGUGGAAUGGGUGGUUCACAACUGAUAGGUUGUAACCCUUUUUCCAUUGCAUUUGGCACAAAGAUGCAAACUCCUAUCAUAUGGAAUUUUCAUACUCACCUAUUAGUGUAGCCUAUCUGUGGGCCUUGGAGUUUGCCUGUGGGAGACCGCCAUUCAUCUUGGAUUAUACACUGCACCUGCAACUCAUCCUUUGCAUCCUCAGAUAGGUUGAAUAUCACUUUUUCUUUUGUUAGGCUUUGGAUUGGGAGGGGGGGGGGAGUGCAAAAAAAUAUUUGAAGAACCUGUGCCUCCCCUCCCAAGUCAUCCACCCAAGUGAUUUGGCUUUUUAUAAAUAUUUCUCUGUAUUAGAAAUAAGACAAAGAAAAAUCAGAUAUAUUGUUUUGAUGACAAUGGCCAAACAAUUGACUUGUAAUUGAUGUGAAUGGACACCUUUUACUGUGCAUGCGUCAAAAUCUUUUUUAUCAUUAUUCAAUAAUAAUUCAGGUGCCAGUGGGACCCUAACAUUACAAAGCAUAUAGAUGUAAUUCAAACCUUUGUAAUUCAAACUGAAAAUCAAUGCAAAAAGGUGUUGGUGAAAAAUAAAAGGCAAAUUGUCAAAA